GGUGGGUGAGUGGGUGGGUAGGUGGGUGAUGUGGUUUGUAACUAUGUAUAUCUCUCUCUUCCGCUGUGCAUGGCUCCUGCAGGUGGUUGGAAGAAACCAUACAGCCUGCCGGGGAGCUUCCCACUACGCUCUGUGCUCAAGAGCCAGGACACGGAGUUUGUGGACUUUAUCAGCCUCUGCCUCCAAUGGGAUCCAAAUCUUCGGAUGACUCCCACUCAGGCGCUCGCACACAGCUGGCUUCAGAACAUGGCUGAGGUCGAUGAUCAAGGGACAGCCACUGCCACCACCAGCACGAACAUUACCACCGCUACCACCACCGAUGUUAGCAGUGUGCAGGGCCUGAUCGUGCUGAGAUCCAGAGAAGAGGGCUCCGGAGAAUACGAUGCAAAGUCUGGAGCCGCUGAGCCACGAGUGAAACCGGUGCAGCCCACCUCCUCACUUGCCCAGGCCUCUGAAGAGGAAACAGAGGUUGUGGUGGAAAAUGAGGGAGAGCAAAAGACGGAGGUGGAGGAGGAAGAGAAUACAGAGGAGCAGGAUGAGGAGACAGAUGAAGAGACAGAUGAACAGACAGAUGAGGAGACGGAGGAUACAGAGUAGGAGACGGAGGAGCAGACGGAUGAGGAGACAGACGAGGAGAUGGACAAGGGGGGAAAUAUGGUGCAGGAAGAGAAGAUGGUGGUGGAGGAGAUGAUGGUGCAGAAGGUUGAAAAGUUAGAAGAGAAUGAGGUGAAGGUGAAGAUGGACGAGGAAAAGAUGGAGGUGGAGGAGGAAGAGAAUACGGAGGAGCAGGAUGAGGAGACAGAUGAAGAGAUGGAGGAUACGGAGGAGGAGACGGAGGAAGAGACAG